AUGCCUGUGGCGUCAGAUUCAGUGUGUCUGGCGGCAGUUGAGGCGUCUCCUCCCUCGUGUACCUCGCCGGAUUCUUCCUUCCUGCCUCGUCUCUCCAUCGGCCGCGACGAGCCUGACACGUGCUUGAGGGGCAAUUUGGGGGCCAGCACGGAUCGGUCCCGGACCGCGGAAGAAGCAAAGAAGACGCGGACGGCGUUCUCCGCUCCUGCGCGCUCCUCAGCUUCCGGUUUAGACGCCAGCUCCGCCUUUCCUCCUCCAGAGGAACGAGGAGCCCUAGAUACCGGGGCCUCCGGGCGGGGCGCGGCGAAAGGUGGUUCUCCAGCGAUGCCGGCGUCGCGGGUGUCGGCCGAGACGGAGAAGCUCGAGGUGAUCGGAGAGAAGGGAAACGCACCUCUUCCAGUGUCUCGUGAACAGCUGAACAGCCAGGGAGACGCGAGACGCGCAGGCGGAGACUGGUGUGGUGAGAGAGAAAGAAGGAACUCUGUACAGGACGCGGCCAGAACAGCCGGUGAGAGGAACGAGGAAGAGAAGAAGAGCGGAGAGAGGAGCGAGGACGAGAGCGGAGACCGGGAGGGGGAAGGAGAGAAGGAAGAGUCGGUUCUAACGGCGUGGGAGACUUUGCCUGUCUCGGCCGGAACAGAGGGGACGAAGGGGCAAGAAGAGACAGAAGAGGCGAGGAUGGAGUCGGAUCUGAAGGCGCGGAAAAACAAGCAGGAGGACGAAGCAUGCAAGGAAGAUGGGGAAGUUGGAAAAAAGGUAGAACCUUCCCGGUGGGAACCGCCACAGAGAUUCUCGACGGCACACCAAAAGGGGGGAGAUGGCGACGCGAGAGAAGACUACACGGACGGUCCAUCCCCCAUUGAAGGGGACACGGCUUCCACUAAGGUAGACGUAGAGAGGGAAGAAGACCGCGAGAAGGAAAGAAGCACUCAACAAGGCACAGCCGCCCGCGAGAGGGACGAGGAGCAGAAGCUGUCUGAGAAUUCUGGAAAGCCGAGUCACGAACGCGAGGGGAAGGAAAACGUUGUCUUGUCGCCCGUGCCCGUUUCCUCGGAAACAUCCGACUGCGCAGAAGGCAUGGCGCGAGACAGCCACGACGCACACGCGCGUCAGGACGUCUCUGCUUCCAGGGAAGAGAAAAUCGGAGACAACGACGAGGAAGGGCGAAAAGCGACAAGCGAACCAGGCGCGGAUGGUUCAGGUAGGCACAAAGCAGAAACGGUCCCUGCCAGGGAAUGCUGCCUGAGAACCGAGGACGAUUCCUUGGACUCCAGUGGAGAGACGGAGAAGAAGGCGCGGUCCGCAGGCGACGAGACGACGGGGCGGGGCGAAGCUUGCGCCGAAGAUGAAAGGGAGACCGGAGAUGCGCAGCAACAGGUGGAGGAGGAGCACGGGGCGGAAGGCGAAGGCGCUGAGAAAGAGGAGUCCAACAUGCCGUUCAAGGAGGGGGUUCGAGGCGAAAACGAGACAAACGCUACGUCACCGGAACAAGGACUGCUUGCUGCAGAUGGGCGAGUGUAUUCUGUCUUAGCUCUCCUCGGUUUUCGAGGCGAGUCCACACGCUUGUGUCGCCAGCGGAGAAGCACACAAUCUUUUCCUCAGCAAACCGGUUGCCUUUCCGGAGUCUCGCGUUCUUCGCCUGGGGGUGGCUCUUAUCCCCUCAAGGAACUGGUCGCGUCGCCUGCCGCCGAACAAGGCAGUCCUUCAUCUUCUGACCCCGUGGAUGGCGGUCAAAACCUCGAAGCGCCGUCGAUGGCAGCGCCUGCAGACGGCCCCGCAUGCUGGGCACCAUCUUCGACUGGGUUCGACGCCGGUGUCGACAGCUCUGCCUUGCAUUUUCUGACUGUUCCUCGCGGCGCUUGCCGGGGCGCAUUCUCCGGGCAAUCCCACCAUCUACACCCGAGCAGCUACCGGCAGGGGGGCGGCUCGAGGGCGUUCGAAGGCCGAGACACGUUCGGCGGAGGAAUCGCGCCUGGGGCGAGCGGCGCGGCGCCGCAGUGGCACGGACUGCCGGGCGCAGGCGGCGCCUCUCACGACUCCAGAAGGACGAACGUGAACGCCUUCCGUGGAGACGGAAGCAACCGCGGCCACCAGACAUACAGCCCUCGGCCUCAUGCCUCUGGGCCUUCCGCGCGCUCUCCCGCCUACCUUCUGCCUCUCUCCGCCAAUGCGCACGAACCGCUCCACGGGGGACUGGGCGUGGACAAGGGUGGGAAGUUCGGCCGCAGUGAAGGCGCGAAGGCCAGUGCGGCAGUGGAAGACCGCAGCCGGGCGAGCUGCGACGCGAGGGCGUCUCUGUCUCGCGAGGAGAGAGGCGUUGGGAGGGGAGCGCAGGCGCAGAGAAGGAGCAGCACAUGCAGAAGCCGGCGCGCGAGUCCGCGGGCGAGUGGAGAGGUGGCGCCUCACGACGGCCUUCAGGAGGAGAGCCUGCUUUCCGGGGCGAGGCCGCGCCAGACAGAGCGCCUGGCGUCCUCGCGAAGCAGUUCGCAGAGUGCUGAGAACGUCUCGGCGGCGCACUCGAGCAUCGCCGCGGGAGGCGACAGUCAGCGCGGGGAGGCCUUGCUGUCUUCGUCGCCGGGGCUUCUCUCCGGAAGGAAGUGCGGGAGCGGGGCGAGCAGUCGGGGAGCAGCUGGCGCGGUCGGGGCGUCGCUAGCUGAGCCGCACGGGACCGGAGACGCACCUGCGGGCUGCGCAGGCGGAGCCCCAGGGGCGAGGAGCGCCAGCCUCCUCGGAGCCGUCCCGGGGAGAGGCCCGCGACCCGGAAAGACCAGGAGGAGGAGCAAGAGCUUUGCGUCUCCUCCGCCCCAGGAGCAGGCUCUCGGGCGCGCAGCGUCUCUCGCGCCUCCCGGCUUGUCGCUGGUCCCGUCGUUGCUUCCCCUCGUCUCGCAGAAGAAGCAAACUUUGGGCACACAAAUAAACGCGCCGCUCCUGAGUCCUGGAGACUCGACCAGAAGCGGCGUGGCGGAGGCGAGUGCGCGAAAAGAGUUUGGAGACGGCAGAGGGAGUCGGCGAGGAAGUCUGGGUGUGCGUGCCGGAAGGUGCGCGGCCGAGUACCGCGGGGUCAGCGCCGGCGACGGGGGGGAGCGCAGGGGGCGGGACGCGAAGGACCGCAUGCAUAGCACUGGAGGCCGAGAGGGGUGGACGCGUCAGAGAGAAGAGGCACGGCCUCUUCUCUCUGACGCGUGGCAGUUGAGUACGCGGAGAGAGGAAGCGCAGGCAACGGGUCAGCAGUCGGGGACAUUGGGAAUUCAGGGAGAGGACGAAGCGACAGGAGAAGGCUGCUGGAAGGCUGCCGCGGGAAGGACGGGUGGGCCUUUGAAGGAAGAAGACGAAGCAAAGUCUCGAAGGGGAGAACGCGAGCGGCGCUCGCAGGGGGGGGCGAGGGGCGGCGCGGCGGAGGAGAGACAGAAAGACGGGAGAGCUGGAGACGAAGGGCCCUGCAAGAAGGGGAAGGAGCAGCGAGAGAAGAAAGGACGAACCCGCGCUUCUUCGACGCUCCCCGCCGGUUCAUCCGACGGCAGCGGCGAAGAGCUGAGGCUUGAAGACGUCUCUGUCGCGGGGCCUUCGCGUGCCGCGGGAAAGGAGGCGACUCCCGGUGAGAAGAAGAAGAACUCUGCAAAGGCCGGAGCAAAUGAGGGAACGGCGGCCCGCCAGAGUGCGAAUGAAGAGAGACGAGGCAGCACUAGCGGCGGGAAGGACGGAAAAAAGGAAGGGAAAAAGAAGGCCUCGUCUCUCGCGUCUGCUGCCCAGGCAAGCAAACAGGUGUCCGUCGCGUCCGAACUGGGGAAACCUGACUCUUUGAACGUGUUGGGAAGCGGGAUGUCCCGGAGAGGAACGGCGAAAUGCGCGGCGACGAAGGGCGAAGCGAAGCCCCUUACACGCUGCGACGAGCAGACAGGAGGUCAGGCCGGAAAUCAUGGUUCGAACUCCAGGAGCCGCACAGAGAACGGCGGCUGCGAUCGCCGUGUGCAGGGUGAAGCGACAGCCGAGGGGGACUCGCGACGGUCCGGCAGUGCGGCAGCGGGCCCGAACGUCGGAUGCCGCGAGACUGCUCCGCCUCUGAGUGUGUCGCGGCCUGCGCUACUUCCGGGGCUCCAGUACGCCGCGGCGCAUCCGCGAGGGGGACGGAGAGAAAGAGGAGACGUGUGGGAUCUGCCGCCGGGCAAGGCGGAGAGUGGCGAGGCUGCAGGGGGGGGAGGCCCGUUCUUCUUCACUUUGGGAGACAUCCGCCAGGCGGAGCGCGAGAUCGAGGGCGGCCGCAUGUCGCUGAAGCAGUUCGUGGAGAAGUCGCGCAGAGAGGAAGAGCGAAGGCGGGAGUCUCUCGGGAGGGGCGGAAGAGAGAAAGCGCCGAAGGGGGUCACAGAGGCGAUCGCGACAAGCCGGAUAAAGAAGACAGACCGGGCGGCAGACGGGAAGGACCAGGCGGAGGCGAAGGAAGCGGCAAAACCUGAGGGAGAAAAGGGAACAAACGCAAGACACGAACGAUCGAGCAUCGCAGUCGGUCUCGGCGGCAUUGCACUGCAGCAAGACGUCGAAGAAGAGUUCUCCGUCUUUGAAUGUGAUGACCCGAAUGCGGUAGUUCUGACCCCGCAGCCGUCUGGUCACAGCUUUCUCGCCUCUGGGUUCCGUGCGUCCGCGUCGCCUCGCGCGACGGCCCCUCGUGCCAAUCUGUCUCCCCAGGGCGAGAAGGCCCGCGAGGAAGUCGGCUCGGUCGCGAGGCCCGCGUUUCCCGCGCCAGGCGCGCACGACCUUAGGGGGAAGAGCCUCGCCCGCACCGUCCCUUCCUCGGACUCCUUCCGGGGCUCGUUCAGCCACGCCUCGACGGGAUGCGGAGCCUCUGAGCAUCACCAGAGACUGGACACGAGCGCGGGUGCGUGGCCAGGCGUCUCAGCCCCCGCCGACAUCCCCACGCCUGCGGCGCCACCCCGCACAAGCCCGAAAAGCUACCCUGCGUCCGAGGCUCACGAGGUUCUCGCCCCGCACGCCGCGCCGUUCGGAGCCUCAGCUGACAGGCUGCAGCUCCCGCCCCAGAAAGCGCCCUUGGAUGAAGCUGCCGGGCGCGCCGCGGGCCGGAAACUGAUGGCUCUUCUCGGCGUGAAGGCGCCUUCCCUCCCUUCGGCGCCUUCCCUGGAAGCUCCGAUGCCUUCGGGCUCUCGAGCUGUCGCGCCGGCUCCACAGCGGGUUGCGCCUCCGGCGUUUCCAGCGGCAGCCGCUCUGUCGUUCAGAAGUCUCUUGGCCGCAGUCGAGGCGCAACAGACGCAGAGGCUGCAUGCAUCGGCCCCGAGAGAGGCGACCCCGGCAGAGCUGUCCGGCAAAGAAAAGCCUGGACAGCUUGCGCAGUGGGGGCGAGUCGCCGGCGUGGCCGCUUACGCUGGUCCAAGACCGAAUGCUCCCACCCCGGCGCAUGCGGCAACGGCCCAAGCGACGUCAGCUCCUCUUUUCACGAGAGCAGCUUCUGGUUCGCUUCCUGGACUUGCGUCUGCGUACUCGCCUCAUGUGGGGCAUCGACCGCCGCCUGCAGGUUCGCACCCGGGGGCGUUUUUCUCACCUUCGUCCUCUGCCGGUAUCGCCCAGAGGCAGUCGUUCAGCUCGGCAUUGAAGCCCCUGAUGGAGGGCGGAGCUUCGGCGGGGUCGCGGGCCUUCCCUCCGGGUCAGACGCCCGUUUUCCCUCAUGAGGCUCUUGCCUCCUCGCCUCACUCUGCUUCCCGCGGCGCUCUCGCAUUGACAGCCAGAGAGGAAGCCGCCGCAGCGCUCGCCCGAUGGGUAGACCCUGCGGCUGCGAGGCCGGCCGCGUUCGAAGCUGCCAUCAAGCGAGAACCUCCAGAGCCGGCGGCGUCUCGCGGUAUGGAGAGAGACGGGCCGAGAGACGAAGCGAGAGAGCGCGGGAGACUGAGCGAGUCGGAGCGAAUCAGGGAAACACGAGACGAGGUGGGUCCGUUCUCGCCCUUCUGCCGGCAGUCAGAAGCAAUGUCCUCGCCUCAAAUCGCUGCAGCUCUGGCGCUUCUUGCGACGACAGCCACAAAGGAGCUGUCAGGCGGCGGGAGGAAACGCGAAGAACGAGAAGGAAGCGACAGUGCCGUGCGCGCGCGCACCCCGCAAGCGGACACAACGCCCCAGGCGGCUCUCAUCACGGCGCUGCGGGCCGUCAUUCAGAAUAGCAUGCAGAAAGAACCAGGUGCCUAA